AGAUCAUCUAUCAUAAGCUGCAAAUUACUUUGUCAAUUCACUACCACUUGAUUCCGUAUAGAAGAAGCUGCUGUGCAGAAUUUCCAGUACUUUUUGCCUGACAUUACCAUUCCCAAGUCAGACAUUUACGAUUGUCUUAUAGCAAAGAUUUUAAGUGCACAACGAAUUGUAGAACUUUAAGUUUUUUUUUCUAUAAGUGGAAGAACGGAAUUUUUGUUUGCUUAUUUGUGUGAAUAUGUGUUUUAAUGAAUGAGUUAGUAAUUAGUAAAGUUUCCAAGAGAUAAUUCUCACAGGAUUUGAGAAUAGCUGAUGAAUCGGAGAAAUUACAUGAGAUAUUUUUUUCACGAUCAUUGGAUAUUGAUUCCGGAGAAUUUAACGUUUUCGUAAUCUGACACUAAGUACUGGGAAGAUGAAUUGUGCGGUAAAAAAUUUGUAACAAGGAGAUUUUUUUUGUUUGACAAAAAUCAGAUUUUUUUUCUAAUGUACUUUAAAAAAAACAAUCAUGAAGAAAGUGUUUAAUAAAAGUGUUUAUUUUCUGGUAGAGCGGAGGCAUGACCUUGAGGAUGAGAAGAAGUUGGAGAUGAACUCGAUGGAUGGGAAAUGUUUGAAACAACGAUACCAAGAUCUCAAGGAACAGGAUGAUCUCCGUGCGAGCAAUUUUGCCGAAUUACUUAGGGACUCGACUCUCAGGAAAAUGAGGAAACUUACAGAAUGGAAAAGACCAAAGAGAGUUGAGAAGUUUAACAGAAGGAUGCGGGAAUUCUUUUCACGGUUUAGUUUAUGGGUUACCUCCUUCAAGGUGAUCGAGGGAAAGUUCGGUACUGCUGUUAUGAGCUUUUUCAAGUUCAUACGCUGGCUCAUGUUCCUGAACUUAUUUCUCAUGCUGGUAAUGGUGUGCGUGAUCACCAUACCUUACCUUGCCCUCGAGUCCAAGCCAUUCAAGGAAACAAUUAACGCAACCCAGUCGGAUUACCAUCGCCAGGCUGUGAACUGUAGUGAGAAUUACAUCGAAUAUAGCGAGGAACUAUUCCGUCAGGAGUCAACAUUUGAAAAAGUCUUAGAUUUUCUACAAGGGACGGGUUGGAUGGAGCGAACAGUGUUGUUUUAUGGGAAAUAUCACAACAAAACCUACAUAGAUGCUGGUGGAGAACCUUAUACUUACAAUAUGGGACUGGCAUAUAUACUGGCCAUAGGAGCUUGUUUCCUCAUCAGCUUUCUUCUGCUCAUCAGGAAUUCAGCUAAAACUGUAAAGACAACAUUUGGCAUGGAGACUUCUGUAGCAGCAUAUACAAACAGAGUCUACGCUGGCUGGGAUUAUGCCAUUACCAACAAAAAAGCAGCAAAAGUCAAAAGUGCAAAUCUCUAUACAGAAUUUAAGUCGUGUUUAGACGAGGAGAUUCAGAAGAAGAGGAGAGAAAAUCGGUCCCCAAAUGAUCAGGCGACCAUCUUUUUUAUACGUGUUCUUGUCAAUUGUUUUGUUCUGGCUCUACUCGGUGGAUCACUAUUCCUGGUCUAUUUUACAACAGAUAGACUGCUUGUGUUACAAGAGCAGGAGCUGAAUGAAGUUUUAGCCCUGAUAGUCCAGUACCUGCCUUACCUUACUAUUACUGUGCUCAAUUUUCUCAUUCCAAUAGUUUUCCAGAAAAUAGUUACCCUAGAGGAUUACUCUCAAAACAAUGCUCUCAGAAUUACAUUAGGAAGGUCUAUAUUACUGCGGCUAGCUUCACUGGCCGUGCUGAUAGGGUCUCUCUAUAGACUGCUAAUCAUCAAUGCUGACCCAGCGGAUGGUUUCUGUGGUAACAGAUUGUGGGAGAAAACAGUGACCACAGCUCGGGGUAGUAUUAAGUGUUGGGAGACAUAUGUUGGUCAACAGAUUUACAAACUGGUGUUGUUAGAUCUGGUGGUAGAAACUAGCAUUAUAGUGUUUGUACAGUUACCUAGAAGGUUGAUAUAUGACAGAUAUGGCAACACAGUUGGUAUUGUAAAGAAGUUAGGUCCUCAGGAGUUUGAUUUACCUCAGAAUGUGAUAGAUAUUAUAUACUCACAAACACUUUGUUGGUUAGGGAUGUUUUUCAGUCCACUUGUACCCUUGAUGACAUUCUUAAAGUGCUUUAUUUUCUUUUACCUUAGAAAGUGGACAUUGUUGAAGAAUUGUGCCGACACAGAGCUGACAUAUCGGACCUCAAGGUCACACUCAUUGUUCAUGUUUGUAUUGUUGGUCUCCUUCAUCCUAGCAACUGUUCCUGUAGGUUAUAUGAUUAGCAGCAUUGCACCGAGUCAGAGUUGCGGACCAUUUAGAGUUUAUAGCUCACCUAACUACACAAUGUUUGAUUCAUUAUCUAACACGGUGAAGUCAUGGCCAGAGACACUCAGAGAUAUACUUCUCUUUCUCAGCUCUGUCGCCUUCCUAGUGCCUGCUAUUAUUAUACUCUGUUUGCUCAUGUAUUAUUUCUGGUUACUUGGGUCAGGAUACAAGAGGAGAGAAGAAAUUCUCAGUGAACAACUUAAAAUGGUCUCCAAAGAUAAACAGUUCUUGUUAGCCAGAGUUAAUGAAGUUUUGAUGCACGCAGAGACGUGAAAAUAUAUCUACAUAUUAACCUUAUAUGUGUUCUCACGAUGUUAUUAUAAUUAUUAUAUUUGAGUAUAUAUAACACCGACACAAACUAUGCAAUCUAUGUGAGCUCAGAUUUUGAAAUUUUGAGAUUCAGAUUGACAUAUGUGUAUACACCAUAUAUCAUAUAUGUUUCAUUAUGUAAAUUCUGGAAGUGUGUUAACAUAGUAAAAUGAUAUAAUGUUCUGACAAUGAUGCAUAGUAAGGCAAGUGCAGGAGGAAAUAUUUGAGAUCAGUGAUAAAAUAUGUGAUUGAAAUAUGUAUAAAAGGGCAUUUUGUGUAACUUUCCUGAAUGCAAAAUCAUGAAAUAUGUAUAAAAGGGCAUUUUGUGUAACUAUUCUGAAUGCAGAAUUAAACAUAUUUUUUUUUUUUUUUUUUUUUUGAAAUUGAAGUGACAUUAUUCCUAUCCAAGGGUAUAUUAAGGAGUGAACAGGUGAGAGUUAAAAUAAAAUAACAUUUGCCAUAAUUCCUUUUAAUUUUAUAAACUUGUAUGAACAAUACAUUACUCACAUGGCUCCAGGAAUAUUCUCUAAAUAUCUAUCAGAAUUUACUUUUAAUGUUCAAUUUAUAAAAAGGGUGGGGCAGUUUUAUAUUUAAGGCAGAUUAUAUUUCAUCCUAAACAUAUAUCAGCUGCUGGUUAACUUCCAUUAUAACAUUUAAUCUUUUGAGAUAUAUAGCCAUUACAGCUGCUGUACUUGACAAUGAAAAAAUGAGUGUAAUGGCACUUAGAGCAUAAUACUUACAUUAAAGUAAUCUCAAGUGAUAGAAAGUAUUCAGUUUAAAAUAAGAACUAAAAAAUAUCCCUGGCACUGUGACGGCUGAAUUUUACUUAUAAUGGCUGUGAUUUCUGUACUGAUAAGGGGAAGUAAUUGCUGCAAGGAAUUAAAAUUUUUGUGUUUUUUUUAAAUAACAGUUCCAGUUUUUAAGCAGCACGCCUCCAGAUUCAUGUUAAUUUUCAUGAAAAUUUUGGAAAUGUAUUUAAAAGUAAAAUAUUGAGAGGUGAACAAAUAAAGCAAUUUACAUAUUGCAAUCGGCACUUAAAGUUAAAAAAAAUUACCAAAAAGUAGUCAACAUAUGCAUAAACAGCACUCACUGUGUUAGUAGCAUAGUAGAAAUAUGGUGAUAAAAUACUACAAAAUCAGUCUGAAACUGCACAUAACAUGUAAAAUAUAACUUGGAUCUUGUCAAUGGAUGUUUUCACCUUUCUUAAAACUUUUAGUACAUUUUCUCAAUAUUGAUUUUCUUGAAAUAUUUUGGCUCACCUUUAAAUAUAGAAGUUCAUAUUGGUACAUUAGCACUGGAUUUAUUUUUCUAAUCACUUUUGGUUCAAACACGUCAAUAGUUAAAACAUUUUUCUUAAUAUUGUUGGAAUUCUAAAAAAACAAUAAAAAAAUCAGAAUACAUUUCUUUGUUAUUCUGAUUUUUUGAUUUGGUGCAAUGUGUUGUUUUUUAUAUCUGUGCAAAUAUUUAUAUUUUAAGGAGCACUAUGUGCAAUUUGAUCGUGACUGUUUGUUAGGAAAGGUUUUGUUUUCCUAAAGAGUCUUAUUGUAAGCAUGUUUAGAUGUGGAGAUGUAUCGUUAAAGGUGCAUAUUUCUUUUUCUAUUUGUAUACUUAGGUAUUUACCAAUUGAAUCAUGUCAAAUGGUUAUUUCAUAUACUUAUAUUCAUCUUUAUAUGUAAAUAACUUACUUUCAAGGGAUUUAACUAAUACUUCAAUAAAAGUGUUAACAAAUUUGUUGUGAAAUUAUUUUUCACAGUAUUAGCGGUAAGAUCUGAACAAAAAUGUAGUUCUGAAUAGGGAUUAAAGGAACUCAACUGAGGUCCAAAAGCCUUAAAACGAGCAUAAAUAGAUCAGCUGGGGCACUUAAAACAGACAGAUAUCCAAAAGAUAUUAAGAAAUACACAUGAAAAAAAAUGAAACCAUAUUCUAAUGAUAGUAUUAGCCCUAUUUGAGUGAAAAGCAUUAAAGCAAUUAAUUGCUUACUUCAAUGACGGACUGGCGUUUGACUACUUAAAAAAGAAAGUUAUGCGAGCAGACCCUAAAACUUCAGACAAGGCUGUGGCCAUUGCCUCUGCUGAACAAAGUAUCAGAAAAAGGUUUACUUUAAGGGCAGGGCAUGAGUUUGAUAAGCCACAAAGAUUACAACGCUUUCCAAAUUUUGAUCGUUUUUCAUAAUUAGAAUAAUUAUUCUGGAAAAAAAACAGAGUGAGCAAAUGGUCUGAAAUUUUGGACCUUCGACCUACAUCAAAUCUAACUUUAAUAUUGAAAAAAAUAUUUCGUGUCCAGUCAUGUCAAAAAACCACAGUAGAGUCCCUUUAAGGAAAAUAAAAGAAGUUCUAACUGUGUGUUAAUAUAUAUUAUGUUUUGUGCCAACUGAGGCAUUUUUUCUGACUAUGUGAUACUAUAUUGUUUCUUUUACUUUACUAAUUAUGUACAACUAUUUUGUCUUCCAAAUGAUUUAAAAGUGUGUAUUAUUUGCAUGUCAAACAAGGUUGUAUUCAAACUACAUAUAAUUAUGUAAUAUGUAUACUUUAAUAAUGUGUGAAAAUUGUUAUGUAUAUGUAAUGCUAUGUACAAUGAUGUUGAAGUUAAGUGGAUCUGUAUCAAAAACAAAAUGCUUUCCUUGUCCAUUGAUCUAAAAUAUGUACCAAAGAGAUCAAAGUAGCUGUUUAA